AUGAAAAGUGGAGAAUUUGAACUUACAAUUUCUAUUUCGCGCUUUCAGGCCGGAUUUGCUGGUGAUGACGCCCCACGUGCGGUCUUCCCGUCCAUUGUUGGCCGACCGCGUCACCAGGGUGUCAUGGUUGGUAUGGGACAAAAGGAUUCAUACGUCGGCGAUGAAGCACAGUCCAAGAGAGGUAUUCUGACCCUCAAAUACCCAAUUGAGCAUGGUAUCGUAACAAACUGGGAUGAUAUGGAGAAGAUCUGGCACCACACCUUUUACAACGAACUGCGAGUUGCCCCGGAGGAGCACCCUGUACUGCUUACCGAGGCACCGCUGAAUCCAAAGGCUAACAGGGAAAAAAUGACACAAAUUAUGUUCGAAACAUUCAAUUCGCCGGCAAUGUAUGUCGCCAUCCAGGCUGUCCUGUCGCUCUAUGCCUCUGGCCGCACUACUGGAUUGGUGCUCGAUUCUGGUGACGGUGUCACUCACACAGUGCCGAUCUACGAAGGCUACGCACUGCCGCAUGCUAUUCUUCGUCUGGAUUUAGCCGGCCGUGACCUUACUGACUAUUUGAUGAAGAUCCUCACUGAACGUGGUUACUCGUUCACGACCACGGCCGAACGUGAAAUUGUCCGUGACAUCAAGGAGAAGCUGUGCUACGUCGCACUGGACUUUGAGCAAGAGAUGGCAACAGCUGCUAGCUCAUCGUCUCUCGAGAAAUCCUACGAACUGCCCGACGGACAGCCCUCGUUCCUGGGUAUGGAACAUGCCGGCGUGCACGAGACCUCGUACAACAGCAUCAUGAAGUGCGACAUCGAUAUCCGCAAAGAUCUCUAUGCCAAUACCGUACUCUCUGGAGGUAGCACCAUGUAUCCAGGCAUUGCGGAUCGUAUGCAAAAGGAAAUCACCGCUCUUGCACCAAGCACGAUGAAAAUCAAGAUCAUCGCACCACCGGAGCGAAAAUACUCUGUAUGGAUCGGUGGCUCUAUUCUGGCUUCGCUCUCUACUUUCCAGCAAAUGUGGAUUUCCAAGCAGGAAUACGACGAAUCCGGACCGUCCAUUGUUCAUCGCAAAUGCUUCUAA